CAAUGGCUCUGGUUGUCCCGUCCCGUCCUCUUCAGCUGCAGGUCUUACCAGAUCACCACGUGGCCCUCUGUCUCUGUCUCUUCUCCCUAUUCCAUCUCCACAAUGCGCUUCACAGAUCCGGGCAUCAGCCAUGUGCUGGCAGUGGCGGCAGUGUCUGCCCUGCUCCCAGCGACGAUCUCUGCGCAAGGCUGCCCUUACGCCAACAAACAGCGGGCGAACGUCGCCGACCUGCCGUCAAUCAAGCGGGCCGAUGCGUCUUCCGACACCGCCUUUGGUCGCUGCCCUAUUGUCAGCAAUGAGGCUGGGGGUGGCACGCGCAGUAAAGAUUGGUGGCCCUGCCAGCUGAAGCUCGACGUUCUCCGACAAUUCCAGCCGUCUGUCAAUCCUUAUGGUGGCGACUUCGACUACCUCAAGGCUUUCCAGUCCCUGGACUACGCAGCACUCAAGAAGGACCUCGAGGAGCUCAUGACGGAGUCGCAAGACUGGUGGCCCGCAGACUUUGGCCACUACGGCGGACUUUUCAUCCGUAUGGCCUGGCACAGCGCUGGCACGUACCGGUCCAGAGACGGCCGAGGUGGUGCCUCAAUGGGCCAGCAGCGCUUCGCCCCUCUGAACAGCUGGCCCGACAAUGGCAAUCUGGACAAGGCACGGCGUCUGCUUUGGCCGAUCAAGCAGAAGUAUGGGUCCAAGAUCUCCUGGGCGGACUUGAUAAUCAUGACGGGCAACGUGGCACUUGAGACAAUGGACUUCAAGACGCUGGGCUUCGCAGCCGGUCGCAUCGAUACUUGGCAGUCUGACGAAGCCAUCUACUGGGGUGCGGAGACGACAUUCGUUCCCGAGGGCAACGACAAGCGCUACAACGGCAGCACGGACAUCUAUGAGCGCGCAGACAAGCUGGAGAAGCCGUUGGCAGCAACCCACAUGGGUCUCAUCUACGUCAAUCCAGAGGGCCCCGACGGCAGUUCGGACCCCAAGGCCUCGGCACUGGAUAUCCGCGAAACGUUUGGCAACAUGGGAAUGAAUGACAGCGAGACAGUAGCCCUCAUUGCGGGUGGCCACGCUUUCGGCAAGACCCACGGCGCUGUCGCGUCCAGCAACAUCGGCCCUGCCCCUGAGGGCGCCUCUCUCGGAGAAAUGGGCCUGGGCUGGCACAACAGUGUCGGCAGUGGCAACGCUGACCUGGCCACGACCAGUGGGCUCGAGGUCAUUUGGACAAAGACGCCCACCAAGUGGAGUAACGACUUCCUGACUUCGCUGUUCAAGAACAACUGGACGCUGGUGACUAGCCCGGCCGGCGCCAAGCAAUGGGAGGCGGUCAAUGGCACCCUCGACUACCCGGAUCCCUUUGACAAGACCAAGUUCCGUCACGCCACUAUGCUGACGUCAGAUCUGGCGCUGCUCCACGAUGACAUUUACCGACCCAUUGCCCAGAACUUCCAAGAGAAUCCAGAGCAGCUCGCCGAGGCCUUCCGCCAGGCCUGGUUCAAGCUGACCCACCGCGACUUGGGUAACAACAUGAACUACCUGGGUCCUGAUGCUCCAACUGAGACCUUCAUCUGGCAAGACCCUCUCCCCGCGGCGCCCAAGGACACCAUCAGCGAGGCCGAUGUGGCCAAGCUCAAGGCCGCUAUUCUUGGGGCACCCGAUCUGGAUGUUUCUAAGCUCGUCGCUACCGCCUGGGGCUCUGCAUCCACCUACCGCCACUCUGACCGCCGUGGUGGUGCCAACGGCGCUCGCAUCGCCCUCGAACCUCAGGUCAACUGGGCCUCCAACAACCCCAAGCAGCUCGCCCAGGUGCUCUCCUCCCUCAAGAAGAUCCAGGCCGACUGUGGUGUCAACGUCUCGCUGGCUGACCUGAUCGUGCUGGGAGGCGCCGCGGCCAUCGAAAAGUCUAUCACGGAUGCCGACCUUGGCUUCGCCAUCUCGGUCCCAUUCCACCCGGGUCGUGUCGAUGCCUCGCAGGACUCGACCGACGUUUCCACGUUUGCCUUCCUAGAACCGCAAGUUGACGGCUUCCGCAACUACGGCCACGGCACUGCUCGCGCGCGCACGGAAGAGUUCUUGGUCGACAUGGCCAACCAACUGACGCUCACCCCGCCAGAGCUCACCGUCCUCGUGGGAGGUAUGCGCGCUCUGGGCGCCACUUUUGACGGCUCCACGACAGGCGUGCUCACCGCCACACCAGGCAAGCUGACCAACGACUAUUUUGUCAACAUCUUGGACAUGUCCACGGCCUGGCAGAGCGAGGGUGGCGACAGUGCGCAAGAGAAGUGGAUCGGCGUGGACCGCAAGAGCAACGCCACCAAGUGGACCGCCACCCGCUCCGAUCUUGUCUUUGGGUCUCACGCCGAGUUGCGGGCCAUCUGCGAGGUGUACGCUUCGAGCGAUGCCAAGGAGAAGUUCGCGCGGGACUUUGUGGCUGCUUGGGCCAAGGUCAUGGAUCUGGACAGGGCGGACCUGCGCAAGGCCGCUGCUAGCAAGAAAUAAAUGGCCAGGACUGGAGGAGCGGGAGACGCGAGAAGUCAAGAUUUCCAAUAUGUAGCUUUGCCCACGCUCGUACAUAUGUCCCGUAACAUAAUUUUAGAAUGACCACCAUGUUGUGGAGAUCCUCCCA